AUGGAAAACGAAAAAUUGGUGAAAGCGAAAUCGUUUUGCAAUGGAGAGUGGUCUAGUGAGAAACUGCUGAAAAAUCCAAUUCGGCCGAAUGGAGAUUUUUUCAUUCAAAUUGUGGCCUGCAAAGAAGAUUUUGAAAUAUACUUUGGUGGGAGUUACUUGUUUUCCUUGAAGUAUUCACUCAGCUUGGACUCGAUAACUGGAAUACGACUUAUGGAGACUAUGGAGAUGUAUCGUGUGGAAAUGGAGCAGUUGUAA